CCAUGCAAGGCGGAGCGUUGGCACUGUUGAUCGUAGGAGCGGCCGUCUGCGUGCUGGCCGGCGCGGGAAGACCGCGGGGGUGGCGGGGGCAGCUGCCGACCGCCGCCGCACACCACAUACCGGAGCUGGUGCGGCAGCUGCACCAGACAGAUGGGCCAGUGCAGCUGGUGGUGGACACGGAUGCCGGUGCUGACGAUGCGGUGGCACUGCUGAUAGCACUGGGCACACCAGGUGUCUCUGUGGAAGCCAUUACCUGUGCCAAUGGCAACACAAUGCUUGACAACGUGGUCGCCAACGUCCUCAAGACGUUGGACACCGCGGGCAGGCUCGAUAUUCCAGUGUAUGCGGGUGCCUCACAGUCUAUUCUGGAGACACCUGAGUCAGACAACUACUUCGGCGAGGAUGGGUUCGGUGACAUCGAGUACCCAAAUGCACCAGACCCUGCUGAGUACUUGCAGAAGGAGCAUGCUGUUGAUGCUCUCGUUAGGAUAGUCUCAGAGAAUCCAGGGAACAUCACACUACUGGCAUUAGCACCUCUGACCAACAUUGCUUUAGCGAUACGAAAGGAUCCUAGUUUUAUUCAAAAUGUGAAACAAGUGGCUGUUUUGGGAGGCAGUGUUGAGGGUGUUGGUAACAGAAAACCAGGUGUUGAGUUCAACAUAUUCAUGGACCCUGAAGCAGCAAGCAUAGUUUUCAGUUCAUUAGCUGAGAAUACAUCGGAAAGCAAACAAGUCUUAUUAACACCAUGGGAAACAGUUAAUAUGAGAAACUAUAUCACAAUGGACUGGCGAAAGAAUGUACUGGGAGUGGCAAAUAGUUUACAGAUUUCUUUCCUUAAUAAAAUAGAACAUUACCAACUGGAAGCUAAUGAAACAUAUUGGAUAUGUGCUGAUGCACUUUCUGCUGCAGUUCUUCUUAAUCCAGACCUGAUCACAAAAGCUAGCUCGUAUGGUGUCUUUGUGGAAGUCCAGGGGAGAUAUGGAAGAGGUGCAUUCUUUGUGGAUUAUGCUGAAUCUGAAGAGCUCUCCAAGAACGCCUUAAUUGUACAAGAAAUUAAUGUUCAAUCUUACAAGGAGUAUCUUCUAACAACUCUAGCUUAA